UGACACGUUUGUUUUGCUGGCUUCAGACUGAGUCGCAGCUUCAAGGAAGGAAGGGAUCAUCAGAGGACUCGAAGGACUAGCUACCGAACAAAUUAUGCUUUGGUCGGCCACCGAUAACUUUACAAUUUCUGUUUUAAAUUUUAUUUUUAAAAAUCCGAAAAGUGUAUAGUUUCAACUACGCGGGUGUUUGGUCUGUGUGCAAAAAUGCCUUCAGAAAAAACCUUCAAACAAAGAAGGACCUUUGAGCAGAGGGUAGACGAUGUGAGGCUGAUCCGAGAGCAGCACCCCAACAAGAUCCCAGUGAUCAUCGAGAGGUACAAGGGAGAGAAGCAACUUCCAAUCCUGGACAAGACCAAGUUCCUCGUCCCCGACCACGUCAACAUGAGCGAACUAAUCAAAAUCAUCAGGAGGCGCCUCCAGCUGAACUCCAACCAAGCCUUCUUCCUGCUGGUGAACGGGCACAGCAUGGUGUCCGUGUCGAGCGCCAUCUCCGAGGUGUACGAGCGCGAGAAGGAUGACGACGGCUUCCUCUACAUGGUCUACGCUUCCCAGGAGACCUUCGGAACCCCAGCCGACCAAUGAGACUCCGUCCCGCCGACACCUGACCAGCGAUUGGACAAUGAUACUAUGACUACCAUUCCCCCUCCUGUGAUUUUCUGCCUCCCGUCCUUUCCCCCCUUCAAACCCAACCCAGCCCCCCUCCAUUCCUGCUUGCUGUAAACCCCUUGCCAAGACUUCAAGGAGCUGAUAGGUGCCCUCCUCUUCAUGCUUCAAAACCUUUUGUAAAAAUGAGAAUAUUCCUGCUUUCCUAACCAGCCCUGCCUCUGUACCCCACCCCCCUCUACCCCAACCAGCCCUCCCUGUCUCAGCCUCCCCCCACCCAGCCCACACCCCUUCUCACCCGUCACUCCCCAUUUCUCCCCCAGCCAGCCCCCAUCUUUUCCCCUCCAUACACUUGAUCUUACGUUGUCCUCUUAAGGUGGCUUGUUCUGUUGGUGGAGUAGAAUAGCAGAACCACGAUUGGCUGUUUAGAUUGCUACCUCAGUCAGUCGUUUAAAGCCAUGUUUGGGUCCUACUUCCAGCGUCUGCGUUGCGUGGAGCCCGAGACAUCCCCAGUGUGCAGUAGUGUUGGGUAAGCUGAGCUUGGGUAAGUGAAAAGGCCAGGAGGAACUAGAACAAACCCAUCAACAACUGCUUAGGAACCUUCAGGGUUCCUUUUAAGAAUCUCCAGUUUGAAUCUUCUCUGAUACACGCAGUGCCAGGGCAUGUGAUAGAUCACACAGUGGCGUCUGUCGGAAUGACUAAGGCUUAGGUCUUUAACGCCAUAAAGGAAUUUUUGUUUCCACUUCCUCAUUGUGUACUGAUUCAUCCAGGCAAGCUGUAGUUUCCUUCCACCACCCCUGUUCAGCUCAGCUCAUGGGAUGACCUUCUAAGUUCUUUGGUUUUGUUUAGAUGUAUCUCCUUAUUGAAGCAUCCAUGAUCCUUAUCAGUUAGUUUGUUUCCCGCCUUGCUGCAAGCAUCGUCUCACAAGCUGGGAGAUACGUGGAACUUCAGGAGAGGACUGCUGCUUGCUAUGCUUCUAGAAUCUUGCGUGAUGAUUGUAGAGAGAUUUAAGCCUCAGUGUACAGAUAGAAUAAUUACUUCUGAAUUUAUAAAUCUAUGAUGUUGAACACUACGAUGAAGAGCAUGACUGAUGGAGAAAUCAGUGAUGCGGACGAUAUAAGGAGACUUAACAGAUUCUAUGAUAGGAGAAGGGAGGGAUGGAUCAGGAACUCUUUUGAAAUACUCGAUAAACCCCCCCCCCCCCCCCGAUGAGCGUUGUGUUAGGCCUCACUGUCACACGCUCUGUUUGGGAUGCCUUUAGAAGGUUUGUCUAAAAGGUUAGCGUUGCAUUUACACUUUUAGAAUGUGCUGUCCCGCUCUCCCUGCUCUCCCUCCCUGUGUCUCUCUUUCAAUCCUCUAAACAACAUAAAUGUUUAGAUGCUUUUUUUUUUCUCUUUUCUUUUUACUCUCGGUUUUCCUUUUGCUCUUUUUAUUUAAUGUGAUUAUAUUUUAUUGUAAAAUAUGUGUCCAUAAGCUUCUUCUGGGCAUUCUAAACCAUGGUCCUUUAUGGAGAUGUGAUUUAGGGUUGUAAUAACAUUGUCAUACAACGUGUCGUAGUGGAGGGGUUGCUCUGUGUUCCUGGAACAGCCAUGACCCCUUGUUGAUGCCCUCAGUCUUCAAAAUUACAGCAAUAUUACACAACCUCCUCUUCCUGUAUUUAUGUUGCUAUUUUAUGAAUAAAAUACAUUGAAACAG